CGCCUGGCGCCGGCGGCAGCGGGACCUGUGGCGAGUGUAUGUGCGCGCGCGGCGGUGGCGGUGGGGCGGGGCGCGCUCGUCGCUCCCGUGUGGUGGGCAGCGCGCGCGGUGCCGGGAGCCUGCCGGCCGCCGACCGGGCUUGCGCUCGGGCUGCCGCCAUGUCCGCCGCCAUCGAGCAGGAGUUCCAGGAGAUUGAUGCCACUAACGACUGGCAGGCGCGUUAUCUGGAAAUUCGACAUAAAUCCAGUGACUACCCUCACAGAGUUGCAAAAUAUCCAGAAAACAGAAAUCGAAACAGAUACAGAGAUGUUAGUCCGUAUGAUCAUAGUCGUGUAAAACUGCAGAACACUGAGAAUGACUAUAUCAACGCCAGCCUAGUGGUCAUAGAAGAAGCCCAGAGAUACUAUAUUUUAACACAGGGUCCACUACCUAAUACAUGUUGCCAUUUUUGGCUAAUGGUAUGGCAGCAACAAACCAAAGCAGUUGUCAUGCUGAACAGAACUGUUGAAAAAGAAUCGGUGAAGUGUGCACAGUACUGGCCAACAAAAGAAGAGGAAGUUAUGACAUUCAGUGAAACAGGUUUCCGUGUGAGGCUAGUAUCUGAAGACGUCAAAUCCUAUUACACAGUAAAUCUACUGCAAUUAGAAAACACCAACAGUGGUGAGUCCAGGAUGAUCUUUCAUUUUCAUUAUACUACAUGGCCAGACUUUGGAGUUCCUGAAUCCCCGGCUUCAUUCCUGAACUUCCUGUUUAAAGUCAGAGAGUCUGGUUCCCUCAGUCCUGAACACGGGCCUGCAGUCGUUCACUGCAGUGCAGGGAUAGGACGUUCCGGCACGUUUUCAUUAGUAGACACUUGCCUUGUCCUGAUGGAGAAAAAAGACCCAUUUUCUGUAGAUGUUAAGAAGGUAUUACUGGAUAUGAGAAAAUAUCGAAUGGGACUUAUUCAGACUCCUGAUCAACUAAGAUUUUCAUAUAUGGCCGUAAUAGAAGGAGCAAAAUUUAUAAUGGGGGAUUCAACUAUACAGAAACGAUGGAAGGAGCUCUCUAAGGAGGACCAAGCUCCAAGUUCUGAGCAGUCUCCUCCACACCCAACCAAAAUAACCACAGAGAAGUACAAUGGGAACAGCAUAGGCCUGGAGAACAAAGAUCAAAUGGAGAAAAUAAAUACUGACCUGGCCACUAAAGUUCAAGAUAUCACAGAUGGAAACAUUGAAAGUACUGUCCGAAAACGACUGAGAGAGGAUAGAAAAGCUAACACAGCGCAGAAGCUGCAGCAGAUGAAGCAGAAGCUAAAUGAGACUGAAAGAAAAAGAAAAAGGUGGUUAUAUUGGAAACCUAUUCUCACUAAGAUUGGGUUUGGUACACUGAUUUUAGUUGGCGCUUAUUCUUGCUGGAAAAUGUAUUUUCAAGAACAUUCCUUGUAAGUAAACAGUAAGCCUGUCUGCUCCAGCAGCUAAUUUUGCUGCAUGUUCAUGACUAGGGGUGUGACUUUAAGCAGUAAACUCCUUCCACCUGGAAUGGGUGCAGACCCUUACAUAUGAUAGAGGAGUGAUGUAAACUUGAUCAUAUGUCAACAUCUCAGGACUUUCCACUGCAGGUACUUAGAAAAAAUGAACUGCUGCCCCCCAACAAAGUUGAUGGUUUUUGUUGAAAAGAGCAGGUACAAACUUGCUGCAACUGUUUAUACACUUUUUAAAAUGGUGUUCUACCAGAUCUUAAGCAAACCCUGAACCACAGAGGUUUAGGUGCUGAAGGCUGUCUGGAUUUAAAUUUACAUGCCUGACAUAAGCAAUAAACAGUGUUGUAUCAUUUACAUUAUUAAUGCAAAUAAGUUAUCCUUAAAUGUGUGUAAUGUGUAAUGUACUAGUGACAUGAACAUAAACAUUUUAUAUUCUUAUGACCUAGGAUAAAUAUAUUUUAUAAUUGCAUAUUUAAUCUUUUUGUAGUUCACUGUACUUUUAAAAGCUCAGUUUGUACAAAUUUCUGACCAAAAAGAAUUUGAUUUUGAAACUAAAUGUAAUUAUAGUUUGUGCAUGAAAAUAGUAGUGCAACCAUUCCCCAUAUUUUGACUCUCCAGUUUGAUAUGAGCAGCUAGGGGUCUGAUGAAGCACUUAACAAUUUCUAUUCUGUUAAUUUGCAUUCCUUAUUUAUUUUUUUGUAGUUUUCAUUAUUUAAGGCUUGGAAAUUUGUUUGGGUUUUUAAAAUUUUUUUAAAGGCUUUUGAGAUCUUAGCCCCCACUGAAAAGCAUACUGUUAAGUUGAUUAAUGUAUUCAGACUUCAACUACUGCUUGAAGGCCAACAUUGUUAAAGUUCUGACAUUCCAUUAAAUGUGAAACGUAAUGUUUUGUGUGUCUAUAGAUUUUAAUUGCUAGAAAGAAUAAAAUUCAUUCAUCAGUAAUAGGUGUAGAAAGCACAUCAAAGGAGACUAUAGUUGGACUUCCAAGGGUGGUUGUGGUAGAAAACAAACGUUGGUAGUAAUCUCCUGUACCCAGUAUGUUCUGCUGGAUGAGCCACUUCUGUAACUUCACAAAGUCUGGAACUGCUUUUUGGGUUCCUCAGCACGGUGUUAAAACACUUCAUGGCUAGUAUUUUGGGAAUACCAAUGCUACAGGUACUUUAUUGGAAAGGGACUGCUCAGUAAUUUUAGUUGGGCAGUAGCACUUCCUAAUAGUAAUUCAACACAAAUCACGUUGUCCUUUAUAUUCUCUUUGAAUAUAGAGGUGACGAGUGGCUCUGUGUAGUUUGCUGUCGUUCAAGUUGAGACCUAAUAAUUUGUAGCAUUGGACUGCACUUUGAAACCUGGAUUUUAUUUAUUCAAGCGUUGCCUUGUUGGGUGGCUUCAGAGAAGUCUUGUUUUCUCCCUCCAUCUUCCUAGCUUGGUUGUUUUCUGUUGGGUGUGGGGGUUCUUUUUUCCUCUCCACUGCCGUGCCACCCCCUCCCUUUUGUAAAGCACUUAGUGGAUUUACUGCUGAAAAAUACUAAAAGAGCUUGAUAAUUACUUUACUCCUUACCCAGAGGAAUUAACUUGAAAGGUUUCCAGUAUGUUCAAGCUUGGUAGUAACAUACCAGGCAUGGAGCCCAAAUAGUCUGACAUUUACUAUGCAAAGCUAAGUUGAGUCUUCUACUCUUUGAAAUUCUCAUUUCACAAUAGCUAAUACUAUUUUGGACUAUGCUGUUUAUAUAGUAAACAAAUGCUUAAGGGUCCCGAUAAGGAAAACAAGUGUAGUUUCAUGCAGUUCUGAAUUUGGGAAAUUGUGCGUCAGUAAAACAAGACAAUUUGUCCCGUGGCAUUAUUGACCGACUGUGCAGCUCAAAUGGCAGAAUGACUUAGUGACUGCUGGGACACAGGGUAGGCAGGCAGCUUGCGUAUUUUAGGACAUUUCAUAAUUUUUACAACCACGGUAACUUUUAGCCAACAAGAGGCUUGGCAAAAGAUUGUUUGUUUGUUUUUUCUGCUUUGAAUUGGGAAGACAGGUUUUUCAGUAUCAGCUAUUACUGAUAGUAGGUGUAAAUAUAUGUGCCUUAUAAAAGAUAUUUUGGUUAUGGAAGAACACGUGGAAUGUAAUAAAAUGCUUUUGUAACAGAAAUAGUCCAGAUUUUAACCUAAAUAAUUAAAAGCAGCUAAGGAAAAAGGGCAGGUGAAACCUUCACUGAAACCACACUGUCAUUUAUCACCUUUCUGUUGGCAUGAGAGAGAUUUCCUGGGCCACCAGUAUCGUACAGACACUGAGCUUUUAACUGUGGCUUGUCAAGUUGUCACUUGAAUUUUUUCCUGAUUCCAUCUUCUAAAUUCUGGCCUUUUUGCUCGCUGGAUCCUGAGCAGGCAUUCCUCUUUCUGGGUGGGGCAGGGCUGGAGGGGGCCAUCUUACAUCGUCUCGCACUUCUUGAUGCAGUAAAGCAGGACUUGCACAUUCAACAGUUGAUCUGUAAAAACUUGGUUCGGUUCCAUGAUUGUAUCUGUCUUGAGAGUCUAACUGUUAAUAAUUUAAGAACCACAAAGUGAUACAGGUUUUGGGCAAAACUGUUUUGUACGGUGAAUUGUCCGUGACAGUGUGGGCGUAGGAAGGGAAAUUAAACAUUAGAUCCCUUAGUACAUUCCAGGAGAUAAUUUGGAUAAAACUCUUCUUUCUGGUCCGUCAGUAAUCCUUAAAAAACAAAAUCUGGGGGAGGCUUGUUCUCUUUACUGCAAACUGAGCCCUUGUGAUGCUUUGUUAUUCUGUAGGAUUUAAACUUGCAGCAGUUUUGCACAACUUGGAUAUUAAGUAAGAACAAGUACAGGCCAAAAUGAAGAGCUGUCGAUCCCAGUGACCUCUAUCGUAGGAAAUGCUUAAAGAAAGACUAAAACUGAUGGACGUGCCUUCUGACCCCUCUCCUGCCUCUCCCCACCCCUGUUUCUGACAAGCUGCUGGCUGGUCCUGCGCUGCUUCUAAAAUGCUGUUGCACUCGAUUCAAAGUGUUCCCGUGUCGGGUUUUUCCCUCUGUUCUGGAAAUACAUCAGUCACAAUA